GGAGGAAUAGAACUCCGAUUUGGACAUUAGUUGGGUGAUGGAUUGCUUUUGUCUCAUGACGUAUUUUAACAGCGUCCGUUACGUUUUUCUGGCGACUUGGUUGGUGGGCCAUGGCGCCGGUAAGGCGGUUAGCCGAGUGGUCAGCAGAGGAUUUGGGGAUGCAUAGCCAAGGAGUUUCUUCGGUCGGGUUCAAGAAUAAGAACCUGAAGCAGAGGACUUGGCGAUCUAAUCACCCGCAGGCCUUCGUGGGGAGCGUUCGCGAGGGACAAGGCUUUGCAUUCCGAAGAAAGCUGAAGAUUCAGCAAAAUUACAAGAAAUUGUUAUGGAAGGAAAAGAAGGCCCAAACCUCACAGGAAUCUCAAUUCACAGACCGAUACCCUGAGCAUCUGAAACAUCUUUAUUUAGCUGAAGAGAAAAGACUCAGGAAGCAACUUAGAAAAGUUGAACAGCCUUUGUCAGAAGAACAAGCUGAUCAGCCUUUGGGAAAGGAACAGUGUGACAUCGACCAAGCUUUGUCAGAAUACUGUAGUUUUGAGCAGCCUCAGUCAGCAGAACAGUGUGGCAUAAGAAUGAACUCCGUUACUGUUUCAAAGAAAAAUAAAAAGAAAACAUCAAAUCAAAAAGCACAAGAAGAAUAUGAACAAGUACAGGCUGAGCGUGCUGCUAAGAAACAAGAAUUUGAGAAGAGAAGACGAGAGAGAGAAGAAGCUCAGCGGCUCUAUAAAAAGAAGAAAAUGGAAGCAUUCAAAAUACUGAGCAAAAAGACUAAAAAGGGCCAGCCAAACUUUAAUAUACAAAUGGAGUAUCUUCUUAAAAAAAUACAAGGAAAAAAUUAAAUCAGAUAUUUUCUUAAUUAAGGAUGAAAAUAUCUGCCCUCUACUGAGUUCUUUUGUAUUUGUACUAUACCUCCUAACAAUUAACUAAAUUUGUUAACAUAAAAUAGACUGCAAAGUGUACUAAGUAUAAAAUAUCCAAAUAUUUUUAUUCUUGUGAAAGAAAAUUUUCUUUGUAUGCUCUACAUAAUAUGUUUCUUAUUUAUUUGCCUUUGAAGGAAGGUGGCUCAAAGAACUGAAAGAACUUCUCUGUUUGAACAUGUUUAAGCGUGUAAUAUUUUUGUACCAUAUGAAAUUCAGAUGAAAUAAAAUGUUUUGAAAUUAACAGA